AUGCAUUUUGGCAUGGCCGGGUGGCUCAAAAUCAAGGACGCUGAUACCUACUAUUACCGCACCGAUAAACCCGCAGACAAAGAAUGGCCACCGAAGUACUGGAAAUUCCUCCUCGAGACUACCGAGCCCAAGACGGAAGCUGCUUUUGUGGACUUUCGCCGACUCAGCCGUAUUCGUUUGGUGGAUUGUCCUGCCGACGAGAUACGCAGCUACUCUCCCCUCAAGGAGAACGGCCCUGACCCCGUGGCGGACAAAGAUAUCCUGACGCUGUCGUGGUUGGAUGAAAAGUUGAAGAGUAAAAAGGUUCCGAUCAAGGCUUUGCUUCUCGACCAAGCAAACAUAAGCGGUAUAGGAAAUUGGAUGGGCGACGAAAUCCUGUACAAUGCCAGGAUACAUCCAGAACAAUACAGCAACACUCUACGCGAUGACCAGAUCAAAGACCUUCAUACAUCCAUUCACUAUGUCUGCAAAACGGCGUUUGACCUAUUGGCCGACUCCGAGAAAUUCCCCGAGCAUUGGCUUUUCAAACAUCGAUGGGGCAAAGGCAAGAAAAACCAACCGUCCGUCCUUCCAAAUGGUGACAAGAUCACAUUCCUCACGGUUGGGGGUAGGACAAGUGCAGUUGUCCCCGCCGUACAAAAAAAGACGGGGCCAGUGACUGAAGACGCAGACGGGGAUGCAGCCCCCGGCGCCAAACGAAAACGCGGUGUAAAGCAUGAGAGUGACUCUGAACAUGAACUUAAACAAGAGACUUCCAAAGCUCCAAAAGUGAAGAAGGAGGUUGACGAGAAACCAACAAAUGAAGCAACCGGCAGGCGGCGGUCAACCCGCGUCAGAAAGUGA